UUAUUUAUUUUGUGAAAAGUCAAGCGCAUUUCAGUCAUUUCCACGCAGUAUCAUCAGGUAAAAUCAGGUAUAUAUUCUAGCCUUCUAGUUUGGAUUAUUUUUGGAUUAUUUAGCGGAAUAUGGAUUUCCCUAAAAUGAAUGAAAGUCAUGGCACAUUGUGGGAUUGCGCCAAAGCGCAUUUAGAGUCUCCAUUAAACCGCUCCACCGUGGAAAUGAACACCACCUGUAGCAAUGCGUCAGUUUUAACCAAACUUCAAGCAACACGAUCUAAAGAUAUGUACUCGCUGCGGAUCCUCCUCUACUCUCUCAUCUUCUUCCUGAGCGUAUUUGGCAACCUGCUGAUCAUCGUGGUGCUGGUGGCGAACAAGCGUAUGCGCACCGUCACUAACUCCUUCCUGCUCUCACUGGCUAUCAGUGACCUCAUGAUGGCUGUCUUCUGCAUGCCUUUUACUCUCAUCCCUAAUUUGCUGGAAGACUUCAUCUUUGGAGCUGCUAUGUGCAAGACCGUCACCUAUUUCAUGGGUAUCUCCGUCAGCAUUUCCACCUUCAGCCUGGUUGCCAUAGCAAUCGAAAGGUACAGCGCCAUCUGCAACCCACUGAAGUCCCGGGCAUGGCAGACCCGCUCGCAUGCUUACAAAGUCAUUGCCGCUACCUGGGUGCUGUCAGUAGGCAUCAUGGUUCCCUAUCCGAUCUUCAGCACGCUGGUGCCCUUCUCCAAACCCAACAACAUCACCGCUCACAUGUGCCGCCCAGACUGGCGUAUAAGCCAAAUCGAACAGAUUUGGUACCUCUUGCUGCUUUUUAUUCUCUUCUUCAUCCCAGGUGUGGUAAUGAUCAUUGCUUAUGGCCUCAUCUCCAGAGAGCUCUACCGGGGGAUUCAGUUUGAGCUGGAGCAGAAGAAUGACUGUAGAGCGAUGAAGAAUGGAGUGAACGGUACCGUAUCCCAUGGACAAGAUGAUAGUGAUGGCUGCUACAUCCAGGUUCCCAAGAAACCUCCAGCAAUGGAGCUUUCCUCCAUCAGCAACUCUGCAUCCUCCAAGCCGGACAGACCGCGCAGCAACACCUCUGAAGCCAAACUCGUGGCCAAGAAGCGCGUGAUCCGUAUGUUAAUCAUCAUUGUAGCUAUGUUCUUCAUCUGCUGGAUGCCUCUUUAUACUGUGAACACAUGGAAAGCAUUUGACCAGCACUCAGCCAAACGAGCCCUCUCAGGCGCUCCCAUUUCCUUUAUCCAGCUGCUGUCUUACACGUCGGCCUGCGUCAACCCCAUCAUCUACUGCUUCAUGAAUGUGCGCUUCCGCAAGGCUCUGUUGGCCACCUUUGCCUGGUGUGCCCUGCCAUGCCGCAAACGUAAGAGGAGGGAAGGCGAUGAUGAGGUUACCGGGGUCACGGCUGCGUCCAUGUCUAAAUUUAGUUACACCACCGUUAGCACGGUUGGGCCAUGUUAGC